AAUCAGUGUAUGAUCUUCUCCCCAAAGAGUUGCAGUUGCCCCCUUGUAUUGAGCAGAAAAGUGCAGCAAUGAGUCAGAAAAGUGGAGGAGGGACAAGUUCCCCCCCAACAACUCUUGCUUCAGGUAAAGUUCUCCAUCUUUUUUUUCUUUUCUUUUUUUCCAGUUAAGUACCAUGAUAUCAGUGAAGUAUGGGGCUUGAAAGCUGAUAAGAGUAUUUGAAUAUGAUACAUGAAAUAAAUAAGAAAUGAAAUUGAAUAUUUGAAUUGCAUACACAUCACAAUUCUUUCUUGUGGUGUAUUUAAUACAUGAAUUAGGUUAAAGAAAAUUGCCAGAAUGAGGUAAGUGCAUAAAAAGCUUUCUAUUCAUGUUGCUUUGUAUCACCCAGUUUAUUUACUUUUUGGCCAGUUAGGCUACAUGACUGUUACUGCUUGCUGGCAAUUCUUAGCAGCUAACAGCCAAAACUUCAUUCAUGAAAGACUACAGUAUUGUAUAGAUCACAAUUCUCAUCCUCAAGACCUUCCUGGGUUGAAUUUUUUAGAGCCAAAAAAAAAACAGGUGUGUGUGAGUUUGACACCUCUGGGCUAAAUCCGACUUUGUGCAUUAAAGAAAAUGAUGAAAACAACACCAGACUUUCCUGAGAGUCUCAGAGACACUUCCAAGAGCAUUUACAAGGCCAUGGCCAAAGAGCAUUUCCAAGGCAAAAAUCAUUCGGUUCACUUCAAGAUGGCGUAGGGCCGAAACGUUAAAUUUCAAAGUACCUCUUUUUUUCCUGUUGUGAAUCUUUAAUAGUAUACCAUAUAACUAAUUUAUAGCAAAUGUGCGUGUUUUUUUUUUUUUUUUGUUCUUUAGGCGUCUUAAAAUCUUAAAAUCUCAAUCCUCAAGAUUAAAAUACAAAAAAAAUAAAACUAACAACAAGUAAAAAACUCUAGCAUUAAAAAAGGUUACAAAUGAAUGUAAUUAAAUGUAUUCAUUAAUAUAAAUGAUUACAUGUAUUAAUUAAACCACAGGAAACAUUUAUUUAUAGCUUAAAUAUAAGAAAGCUUAUCUUACAAAAUACUCUUGUUAGUUUUCAAGCUCCAAAUGAGCAGCACUUGACCUGGAUAUGUCCUGUUAUCCUCCUUUAGGCUGCCUGCAAGACAACUAACACUACAGCUAACACCUGUAAUAACUAACACUUGGGUUAGAAGGUUAGCACCAUGUUCCUGGGUUUUAUAUUUAAAUUAAAUAAGAUGAAAUCAAAAUGGGAUCAAAUGAAAUGUGCAACCACACCAGUCCUUUGUGGAUAAGACUGAAGACCCCUGUCAUAAGUGGUUAUGGAAAAGGGGUUGUUAAUUGUUUUACUGUUAUUAAUAUGACGUCUUUUCAGAGUGGCUUCUCCGAAGUCAGCUAAUAAGUGAGCAAAAUGGUUUGGUGUAAUUGUACGGUGAAUUUUGUUUAGGUCUUACUUGUGGAACCAGGAUACACCUCACAUUAUCAUUAGAUAAUUGUAAAACAAAAUAAAUCAUAAAAAAAGAUUUUACACAAAACAACUUGUAUUCUUGUAAAUACAUAGUUGUGUAUUUUAAAAGUUAAAAUUCUAGUUAACAAUUAUGAAUGAUAAUGAUAGUCAUACCAAUCAGCAGGUUGGCAAAAAAAAAAGAAACCUUAACUACAGGAAGUUAAACAAACUUAUCCAUUGGUACACAAUCUCCACAAUGACUACUCCAGAGGACCAGUUUAGUAUUGCAAACACGUGUCAGCAACCACACACAACAAACACACUGACAUUAUUUUUUUGCCUGUUAUUAAUAAUGAAUGACACAUUAUAUUUUUGUUUGGCCACUUUUUAGUGUUCGUGCAGUCACCGAACUUAAGUGCAUGACUGGGAAGAAAUAAAAACACAUCCAGGAACUUAAAAAAAAAAAAAAAAAAUCCAAAGAAUGGAAACAUGCUUUUUGAGCAAGAACCUGCGAAACACUUCACAUAAAAUUAUCCCAGGAAAAUAGAUACACUCAGACAUGAACAUUCAAAAUGAGAUUCACCUUAGUAUCUUUUUUACUCUACUCCUUUAUCAAAGUACCCAGGUUUAAGGUGAGUUUGAGUAAACCAGAAGUCUGUUGCCUUUGGACAUCAGUACCCAACUGCAGCCAUGAGGCAGGACAUGCUGGCUGUAGCUGAAGGAAGGAAUUUCCCUCUGAAGCAGGGAGUGUCUGCAUAUAAAAUGGUCUGCAGUUCUCUGCUUCAUAGAUGCCUCGUCCAUCACCUCUGCUAUGACCAAGGGAAGUGCCAGCAGUGCUUUUUCCACCUCUUCCAGCUUCACUGUGCACUCCUUGGGCACAGAGCAGGAUGCUGGCACUCCAGGAGACGCAAGUAGCCGUAGGAAGGCAGAUAUGCUCUCCACAGAAGCCAAACUAACUAGAGGUUGCAGCGAUAAGAGCGGAGGAGGCUCUCAGCAUCAGCACCACCAUCAGAUGACGCCUCCAAAACGACCAGUGCUGAACAUCUCGCCACCGCCAGAGGACCUAUUUGACAACAGCCACAUGUCGGGAUGCCAGGACGAUGUGCUGUUGGAUUCGGAGCAGAGCAACAGCAUUUGGAUGGAAAACUCACUCUCCAACUUCAGCAUGAUGAGCUCCAGUUCCUACAACGACAACACAGAAGUUCCACGCAAGGCCCGAAAACGCAUGCCACGUCAAAAGCCAGGCCCAAAGCCAGUUUCUGCUGGAGAGGCCAGCAUGGAUGUGUUUGAUGCAGACAGUGCCAAAGGUCCACACUUUGUGCUGUCCAAAUUUAGCUCAGAAAACAAGGCCAGUGGCAAAGCAAGUUCCGAUGGAAACCAGGUGCCAGUUCAGAAAGGAGGGAUAUUGUGUGGCCAGUACCCACAGAAAAGCGAAGGAAAAGAGUUGAAGAUUCUCGUCCAGCCUGAGAGUCAGCACAGAGCCCGUUACCUGACCGAGGGCAGUCGGGGUUCUGUAAAAGACCGCACUCAGCAGGGAUUCCCCACUGUUAAGCUCGAGGGUGUGAAGGAGCCAGUGGUCCUGCAGGUGUUUGUAAGUAAUGAUGCAGGUCGAGUGAAACCUCAUGGAUUCUACCAGGCCUGUCGAGUGACUGGUCGAAACACCACUGCCUGUAGAGAAGUGGACAUUGAGGGCACCACGGUCAUUGAAGUGCCACUGGACCCCAGCAAUAACAUGACUCUUGCCGUGGACUGCGUGGGCAUCCUGAAACUGAGAAACGCAGAUGUGGAGGCUCGUAUCGGGGUGGCAGGAUCGAAGAAAAAAAGCACCCGUGCCAGACUGGUGUUCCGGGUAAACGUCCCUCGAUCUGACGGCUCUGUGCUCACUCUACAGGCACCGUCCUCUCCUAUUCUGUGCACUCAACCUGCAGGAAUACCUGAGAUCCUAAAAAAGAGUCUGCACAGCUGCUCUGUUCGAGGAGGCGAGGAGGUGUUUAUUAUCGGAAAGAACUUCCUCAAGGGAACCAAAGUGAUAUUUCAAGAAAACAUCUCUGAUGAAAAGUCCUGGAAAGCAGAAGCUGAGAUUGACAUGGAGCUUUUCCAUCAGAAUCAUCUUAUUGUCAAAGUUCCACCGUAUCAAAAUGUUGCCAUUACCUCUCCUGUGUCUGUUGGGAUCUAUGUGGUGACUAAUGCUGGACGUUGCCAUGAUGUGCAAACAUUUACAUACACUCCAGAGCCAGCUAUGGACGUUUCUGUGAAGAAAGAGACCGGGCCUCCAGGGAAACCCUGUUCUUUGGAACAGAUAAAAGUAAUGGAAAGUGCCUUGCUCGUCCCUAUCGUACCUCUAGUCAAAACAGAAGAGGUUACACCAAUGGAGGUCUCCAGUAACUCGGCAUCCUUCAAGACUUCUGAUAUUAUUAACUCUGCCCAGCAGACCCUAGAAAUGAGCAACAUUUCCACCAGCAGCCCCACAUUCGCAAACUCUGCAGCCUGUCAAUCGGAACAAGAGCAGCCUCAGGGUUCUCUUUUCUCCAACAAGGAAACAUUAAGCAACAUUCAAAAACAAGACAACACCCAAAAUAAUGCCUUCCAUGUCCCUGGGAAAUCUCUGCUCCAGCAAGGGGCACAACAAUUCAUUUUAGACAGUGACAGUCUAGCCCAGGAAAGGUCAGGGAGCACAGCUGGUACGUUGGUGGGGAUUGCCCAGAUGGAUGACAGCCCGCAGCACCAACUCUCUCUCCUGCCUCCAGAUGAGGUAGCACAGCUUGAGCAAGCAGUGCGCCAGCUGCAAGCAAAGGGGUUCUGCAACAUACAACUUCAUUCAGAAGAUUCACUAACCAAGAAACAGCAGCAGCACCAGCUACAACAGAAGCAAAUCCAGCAACAACAUUUGCACCAGCAGCAGAUGCAGCAACAGCAGCAAGUCCUGGAGAACCUGCAACAUCAUCUUUUUCAUCCCCAGGUUUCAAUGCAGUGCAGUAGAGAGCAACAGGGAUCUUCACCAGGCAUGGUGGAAAACAGUAAUACACUCUUCAGGCAACCAUCUCCACAGCAGCAACAGCAGCAGCAGCAGCAGCAGCAGCAGCAAGCUGUCAUGUUUCACCAAGCAGAAGAUCUUAUCUCUAUUCAAUCUGGAUUUCUUCAGCAAGCCCCCUCUCAUUCUCCUUCUCCAUUGUUUCAUACCUCCAGCACCUUGGCUGAAGCCCAAUCUCCUCAAGAGGCACUUUUCCACCAACAGAAGACUUCACCCACUCAAGAACAAGUACAAGCCUCUCUUUUCCAGAACACCAUGAAUGUUCUUGAUGGGUCCAACUUGACCGCAGAACCUCAACACACUGCGAAUAGUAUGUUUCUCUCUCAAAAUGCCUUACCUGGUCAGCUUUCAGGAAAUAACAACCAGUCCCAGCAGCUAGCUUUUCUUAACUCUAUGCAGACAUCUGGCCUUGAACCACAAUCCGUGUUCCAAGGCACAAGCCAGCUGUCCACCAUUCAACAGAGCACACCCAUGGAACAGCAGUCCACACAGCAGGCCUCACAAACUCAGCCAGGCUCCCUGUUUCAGAACAUCCAACAAACACCAAAUAACAAGCACCAGACCGGGUUGCUCUAUAACUCCCUAAGCUCAGGAAUGUCACCAGAACAGCCGCCAUCUAGCCUCAUGUUCCCUGGUCAGCCAGCAAUGUCUUCAAUGAAUACCACAAGCCUAAUUUCUCCAGAGCAGCAGAAUCCAUCACUAUCCUACCCGCAGAAUGGCAUGAUCACCGUCAGGCAGGAAGUGCCAUCUGAGCCCAUGUCUUUCCAAGAUCAGAGCACUGUUGUGGAUAAUCAGUCUGCGAGCAAGCAACAGCUGUUCCAGGAUCAACAGCCAAUGCAGCUUGCACCGAGUCCAGGCCCUGGUUCUCAGCCUUCUGUGAAUCUCUUUAUAGCCCAGUCUGACAUGCCGAGAAUGCCUCAUGCGUCACAGCAUGCCUCACAGGAGGUGCUUUUUGCUGCACAGAGCAGUGUGGCUGGACAUCAGACCACCACCUCAUCACCGGUACAGCAACCAGGAUCCCUGUUCCAGACCACAGUGAAUGGAAGCCUCAGCCAGUCCAAUCAGAACCAGCGGCCUAACCUUUUCCUUUAUGAAAUACAGAAUGAGUGUGGUCAGAUGAUGAACUCCCAAGGAAGCACACUCUCAAACCAGAUAAUUGCCAUUAGCCAGAACCAUAGAGAGAAUGAAGGGGUGAUACAUUCCUUAAUUAAUUCGCCCAUGAGCGAAUCUGGAAAUGUUCAGAGUCCACUCACCACCUCGCAGAACAUGGAGAAGAUCGAUGACCUGCUUGUGAGCCUUCAGGAGCAAAGCAACAGCCUCUCCCGCUCAUACUAGGACCUUAUUGAUCCUACAGGCUUCUUCAAAGAAACGCCAGAGGAAUCACGAUGCAGUGUGAAUGUAGUUUUGUUAUCAGCAAGUGGAAACAUUUAAAUGUCACAGAGCUUGUGGUGUUUUUUCUUUAGCUGUACGUGAAGCAUAUCUUGUAAUAAAAGCACUUUUUCUAAUUUUUUUUUUUUUUUUUUUUUAUGUAGUUGCAUCGGCAACUAAGUAUGCAAAUAUUUCUAUGUGUACCUGUUACUAAUGCAGUAUUUCUAUUUAAAAAAAAAAACUUUUACAUUAAUCAAAUAAUGAAAGAAACACUGAGAAAAAGAGAAAAGUUUAAAAACUUUGUUUUGCCCCUGUAGCACUUUUGCAUUUUGUUUGCUUUUAGAGUCAACUAAAUGUCUGACCGGUCUUUUUUUUAUGAGCAAGUUUUCCUGUCUUACCCACAAAUGUCAUACUAACAGCAUGUCCAUACUUUAAAACUUCUAAGGUAUGGACAGAUCUUAUUGUUCAUGCUCCUUGCUGGAUUUGAUUGUUUAUUAUGUUGCGUCUGGAACGCUUUAUCACCCUGUCCAUGUUCAUGACAUGUUUAACGCUGUCCCUUCCAUUUGUUUUGUUUUUUAAUUAUUAUUAAUUUCUUACUACAAUCACGAAGACAACAUUAAUUACCCAUUUAACUUUGUUAAUCUUGUAAAUACAAACAGAAUAUUAAAAAUAAAGCAGAACAUUAUUAUUCAGUGUAGCAUAGGAUCAGUCAAUGCUUCGACUGCAGGCCUUGGGGUGAGUUGGCACCUUUUACACUAUUAUAAAUCUGGCCAGUUUUAUGGCUCAGAAGGUUGAUAAUUGGGGCAAAAAGGCUGCUAUGUCAAGAAUGAAAGUAAAAUAUCAUGCAAGUUUACUGCCAAGCUUGUUGUAAAGCUGCCAAUUUUCUUCUUUUACAGAGAUAUCUGGCUAAUGAGUCAGAUGGCAGAAUGUGUUUUGGGGUUUUUUGUUUUUUUUCUUUCUAUGAAUAUAUCUGCAUACAUUACAAGGGCCCCGCUCUGUGUAAUAUUAAAAACAUAGCUCAUUUGAGCUUUAACUGAGAUAACUGCCGUCAGAUAGCUUCUUUUUAGGACUUUUUAUUGCUACUUUUGAAUAGUGACUAUUCAGACCUCUCUGUAGGUGGAGUGAUCUUUUGGAUCUUUAAAGGAGCCCUGUGUUAAGGGAAGAGCUGUGAACUUAACCUGGAGAAAGUGCUGUCUGUGAUUGGCCUUCAUCUCUGUACAGGACAGAUUUGCAGUUAAUUGUUUGUUUCUGUGAGUAAAUAUUUAUGUGAAUAUAUAACAAGAUUUUCUCUUCUGCCAGAUUUUGAAAACAUGUAUAUAAUGUAAUUUAUAUCUCCCAAAAAAAUAAUCAAAUAUAAGAAAAGACUGCCUCUGUUAAAUUUGUUUUUAAAAAUAAAAUAAAAAAUAUUCUCUGUAAACAUUGGUCAUAAGUAACAAAUUAAUUGUUCAGUUUAUUUCCAUCUGAUAAUGUAAAGAUUCAGAAUUUGUUGCUUUUACAAACUUUUUGAAGUAAUAGUUGCUAGAACAGUUUUAACUGCUGGAUUGAGUAAAAAAAUCUGUCUUUUGUUUUUUUUUUCUUUUUUUUAACCAACAAAAUGUAACGUAUGACCUCAUCUCACUUUGGACCAAUUACAUUUUUUCCUCUUUUAUUUUAUACACAGAUAUUCAGUGCAUAUAUACAUGCACACACAACCACAAACAUUUAUAUGCAUAUAUCUACAGUGUCUACUGAAUGUCUUCAUUCAGAAUAUCUUCAGUUCACAUUUAACUUUAAGCAGCUAUGCAGUGUAUCUUUAUUUUUAUUUGUUUUCAAAUGAUUUCUUCCUUGUGUAAUCAGCUUUCUUUUUAACAGCUGGGAACCUCUAACAUUGUAAUUUUUUUUUUUUUUGCCAUUUAUUCUUUACUUUCAGAUUUUUGUGAUAUUGUGGUUGUACGUUCCUGCUAAUGGGGAAGAAAAACAGACAUUACACUUCCCAGAGCAUCACUGGGUGAUCUGAAUUGUUUGUUAGAAGUAUACAUGUGGUGUGUACUGAGAGCCAACCUGGUGCGUGUCAGGGUAAAUCUGGUAACAUACAUAUUUUAUUUGCUUUAUUUAAAAGAAGAAAAAAAAAGGCAGUAUACAUAAAUAUAUUGUUCAUCUUUUACAUCA